AUGGUGAACGCUACCGCUUUAGUCAAAUCCUUCUUCGUCAUGCCGAAGGAGAACACUUACAUUUUGUUCCGCAUCGAAUUCCUGGUGGUAAUCACCACAUUGAUAUUCCUUGGGAUGUCCAUCCUGGACAUAUUUCGCGGCCAAUUUCACAGCGCCAUAGGCAAAGCCAUAUUGAGUAUUGUUGAUGGUGUCUCCGACUCUAUAGUGAUAUACGUCAUGGGGGUAAUGCAAGCAGCACCAUUCAAGAAUCAGUUGUUCCCCGUGUGGGCCAUCGUGCUGGUUAGCUUCCGACACAGCAGUGACUUCAUCUCUGGAUAUGGCAUUCGGGACAAAGAUGGGCGACGGUUUAACGAAUGGAGGAAUGUGAUGAAGCUUCUGGGGGUGGCAUUCUUGAACAAAACACGUGGCUCGACGUUUGCCUAUCCUCUUUGGUCACUUUGGAGCAUGCAGGUAUUGAGGAGCAAGUACAGAUUAUUUGCGCGCAACCAGGCAUUCAGGUCUUUCUGGCAUGGCAAGAGCUCCCAACUAGUUUCAGAGUACAUGCGGACUGAUACACAUUGGGAGAACUUCAAGCUUAAGGACUGGAAAGCAGAGACUAUGGAAGGACACAGAUACUUGGUCUAUGGGGAAACAAGGAGGCAUAUCAAAUUUAAGCAGCCUCGGUACGUUUUACAGAUGGGUACAAACCCACAAGAAACCCGGGCCAAGGCCAGGGCUAAGUCACUAGUCACACUGGACAGGAUAUGGCAAUGUGAUGGCGCCCUGCUACACCAGGACAGCACCCAGGGAGACAAUAUGAAGGAUUUGGCACUCGCCUUCUCCCUAUCCAGGCUGCUCCGGUGCAGGCUUGAAGACGUGUCGCUGCAUAAAGGCAGCACUACUCCCAUCACCAAAAAUCUUGUCAUGUUGAGGAUCAUACAGGAAGAGGCCAACCGAGCAUUUGGGGUUAUGGAACUGGAAAUGUCCUUCGUCAAUGACUACUUUAACACUCGCUACCCUAUAGUCUUCUGUAUGGGGUUUCCUUCGCUCCAUUUGAACACCAUUAUGUCUGUUGCAACCUUUGCAUUCACCUGCUGGCUUUCUGUGGACAUACGGCGUGUUUACAAGACCCCCAAGGAUGAAAUAUCUCAUGUGAUACGCGGUAUAAAUGUUGAUAUGAUCAUCACAUGGUUUUUCAUGUCCUUAAUGAUGUUCAAAGAGGUCUGGGAGAUGGUCUCAUAUUUCCUGUCAGACUGGACAAGAUUACUCCUUGUAUGCACAUAUGUGCGGUGGGCGAGAAGGUACAUGAGGAAUGGCUGUAUGGAGAAAUUCAUCAGUUCCUUUUUCACAUCAAAGAUUGUUGACACACGGGGCCAUGGAGUCCUUGACCAAUAUGCCUUCUUGCAGUCAUAUAAUGAGAGCCCAACAAUCUGGAACUGCGUACACAUAGUUUCUACAGGGGCAAUUCCAAAGAAAGAAGCGGGAGCACAACUUAGUGACCACAUCAAUAUUCCAGAAUGUGUUAAGCCCGCAAUCCAGGAGGCACUAUGCACCCUGGAUCUCACCCGUGCUCAUCUGCCCGGCGUCAUUCCGUCACUCUUGGCUGAAUCAAGGGAACGGUAUAGAUGGCCCUGCAUUGAGCAACCAACAUCCUCUCACGUUAUUUUGGUGUGGCAUAUUGCGACCAGCCUAUGUGAGAUCAAGUUUGCACAGGACCGUGACAUCGACUUGAGCAACCCAGGGGUUCCACUUAGAGCCUUGCUAUACUUGACAAGUUUCUGCCGCUCUGCCCAGCCAUACCUUGUGGACGAGAACAUGCUUGAUGGCAGCCUCAAGACUAGGUACAUAGUUGCAAAUAGCUUGUCACGGUAUUGUGCAUAUCUGCUGGUAGCAAAGCCUGACUUGCUGCCUGACAGCUUUCUUGUGCCCAAGUUGAUCCACCAAGAAACCGUGAAAGAUGCUCGUCAAAUUCUCAAAGGCUCUGACUCGCUAGACAAGAAGUACAAGACACUCAUUGAUGAAGCUGGGAAGAGAAACAAAGACACCAGCAAUUCAAAGGAGAUCAUGGGUGUAGUGCACCAAGGUGCAAAAUUGGCCAAAGAACUUAUUGAUAAUGAGAAUGAAGAAAGUUGUUGGGAGAUAAUGGCUGGGGUGUGGGCAGACUUGCUGGUACACAUUGCCCCCAGUUGGAAUGCGGCGGCACACAAGAAGUGCCUUGAUUCAGGAGGGGAGUUCAUAACUCACAUCUGGGCACUACUUUGCCAUUGCGGAAUCGACACGAGCAUGUUGUGGCCUGUAGAAGAUGGGGUGAGCUUUGUGAAUGGGAACACCCAUAUGAUCAGAGGGAUGCCGAAUCUGGGGAACACAUGCUACUUCAAUGCGGUUUUGCAGAGCCUCCUUGCACUAGGUGAGCUGCGCGUCAAGUUGUUGGAACAGAAUCCUCCUGCAGGAUGUCUUCAUUUGGAACUGAGGAAGCUCUUUGAAGAGGCAGCUGGUGGUGCCAAUGAUGCAAGUGGCACGCUAGAUACACAGAACUUAUUCUCAAUUAUGAGCUCAAUGUAUCCAGAUUUGAAUGUCCGUGAUAUGGAAGACAGCAACACUCUGCUUGUCUACUUGCUAGAUGGUUUGAGUAAUGAGGAACCUACAAUAGUGGAGUCCCUCUUCCGAGGCCAGAUUGCUGAACAUGUCUCCAGCAAAGAAUGUCAGCACACUUUGGUUACUACACAGGUCCUUCAUCUGAGUCUGGCAAUACCAUCAAAGCAACACGUAUCAGUAGAAGACUGUUUGGAUUUACAUGUCACCGGGGAGAUCAACGGUUGGUACUGUGAAACAUGUUCUGCUGCUUAUGGAAAUGCUUCAUCGAACCAAGAAGAUGCUGUAGUUGAUGAAGACCAAACUCAACAGUCAGAUAGUGCAACAUACCAGAUCAGGGAGCAUUCCAGCCAUCCAGCUGAGCAACAAACAAGUGCAGCUAAUCAGGACAAAGGAAAGCUACCAAUGCUGAAUGAUGAUGCACAUGCAAUGGAACUGGAGCAAAACCAAAAGAAACAUAAAGAGGAAAAUAAGAUAUACAGAGCUGCAAAAGUACACUUCCUCAUUACGAAGGCGCCACCUUUAUUAACCAUUCAGCUCAAGAGGUUUGACUAUGUUACCCCUGGUAGGUCAGACAAGUUGGAUGAACAUGUGAGAUUUCACGAGAUUCUUGAUAUAACGAAGUUCAUGGACCCCAGAUGUGCAGCAGAUGACGUUUACAAAUAUUGGCUUGUUGCUGUCAUUGUUCAUAAAGGGUCAAAAUUGUCUGAAGGACACAACUAUUCUUAUGUGAGAGCAAGCAGCAUUGAGCAAGAGAACGGUAUCACACACUCAUGGUUUUGUGCAAGCGACCAGAAUGUCGUGAAAGUCUCUCUAGAAGAAGUACUCAAUUGUCAGGCCUACAUUCUUUUCUAUACAAGGGUUGAACAGUCGAAGGCCGAGUCAUACUGCUUGGCCACUUCACCAACGACAACGGAAGAUGACUACUUCGACUACGUCAAGUCCAAGUCUAGUGCUAAUGUGGCGCAAAAGAACUUCCAUAAGUUCAAGGGAAAGAACAUGGAUUUUGAGUUGGAACCCGGGGCCAAGCCCUCGUGGGUGGACAAACUCGCUGCCAAGGUAAAGAAGACCUUCUUCCUCCAGUCUGACAUCCAGAAGAGGAUGUAUGAGGCACAUGUCAAUGAGAGGCUUGCGCGGCGUCGCCAAAUUGCUUUGAUGAGGCACCUAAGCAUGUCAGUUCAGAGUGGCUCUGAGAAGUGCAUCACACCGGAGGAGCGUUGGAUAUCCUCCCACAGCACCUGGACUGAUGAUGAAGCCCCUCCUCAGCCUUCCACCACCGCUACUGCUGCUGAUGAUACCAUGGAGGACUCAGAUCGGGAUGAUGAUGAAGUUUCUGAUGAUGGUGAAGAUUCUGACAAUGAUGAAGACCUUGAUGCUACCGAGGAGUCAGAGGAGGACGACUGA